AUGGUGUUGAUGAUCUUCGUCAACAUCGGCCAGCUCACCGAGAACAUGGUGUCGCGCAACAUUUACCUUGCGCGUCUCAAGACGCCUAACCUGGCCAAUCUUAUUGGCUCGACCUCGGGUGUCCCUGCUAUGUCCAAGUGGGGCCUUUACAACUACUGCAACGAGUGGAACCCUCUCACCGGUGCGAACGUUAAGCGCCAAUGCGCAGACCACCACUUCAUCCAGGAGUUUGACCCAAUCUCUGCUCUUGGCGCCAACCUGCCCCAGGACAAGAUCUCUGCGCUCGAGUCGCGCUCGACUACGAUUGGCAACCUUCACGAGAAGAGCAAGGCCGCCAACUACCUGCUGUUUGUUGGUACGAUCCUGGUCGGCGUUGCUUUCAUCGUCACUUGCCUGAUCCACAUGUCCGCUCUGAUCGUGGCCGCCUUUUUCGCAUUCAUUGGCUUCGCUCUUCUGCUCUGUGGUGCCGCUAUCUGGACGUACAUGAUGCACCGUGUCAAGAACCUUGGCCUUCCUGGUCUGGACUUUGACUACGGUAACGCGCUGUGGCUGUCUUGGGCUUCGGUUGCUUGCUCCCUGUUUGCUAUUCCGGCCCUGGGCGGCGGCAGUGCUGCGAGCCGUAAGCGCUACAGUAGCGGCGAGGUCUACUAA